AUGCUUAGCAUCAACCAACAGCCGACCAAGGCGCAAACCGUCCACCAGAUUCUCACUAAUGGUCAACCCGACUUCUGCCGCCCUCGACGACUCUCAGUGGACAAGCUGAACGAGGCCAGAGCUGAGUUCAGAGCUUAUCACCAGAUCCCAGUAGCGCCAGAGGACAUCCCCAAGACGACCAUCACAACCCCUUUCGGACUGUUCGAGUUCCGAUGCAUGACGUUCGGACUCCGGAAUUCUGGUUCAACGGUGCAGCGCCACCUGCAUGACAUCUUGGGUGACCUAAAUUUUGUGUUUCCCUACGUCGACGAUCUUUAUGUUGCUUCCAAAGACAUCGAGCAGCACAAGCAACAUCUAAGAUUGGUAUUCGGCCGGUUACGCGAGAAUGUUCUCGCCAUCAACGCUGGCAAAUGUCAAAUCAGCAAACCCGAGGUCGAGUUUCUCGGCCACCUCAUCACUCGGAAUGGCAUCAAACCCCAACCGAGCAAGGUCGAAGCCAUCAUCAAUCCGCUAACAACAGCAUUCCUGCAGCGGCCGGUAAGAGCGAUCCCGACACAGCAACGUCAUCUCACUUUCAUCAGUGAAUACCCCACCGACAUUCUGCAUAUUCCCGACGAAAACAACAAGGAUGCCGACAUGCUGAGUCGAAUCGAAGCUAUCACAAACACCAAUGAAACUAUCGAUUUCGACGCCCUGGCAGUCCAGCAGAAAGCCGAUCCCGAACUCAACGACUUUCUGGCGAACCCGCCGGUCAACACCACCAUGAAGCUGAAGGCACUCCAAUCCAUACUAUCGGCGGUGCCUAUCUACUGCGACAUUUCGACUUAUGUGAUUGGGCCAUUCGUGCCGAAAACUUUGCGGUCCAAAAUCAUUACCAAGCUGCACAACAUUUCGCACCCAGCAGGAGUUCGUGCGACCACCCGUCUCGUCACCGACCGUUUCGUGUGGCCAUCGAUCGCCAUCCCUGGCGAACGUUUUGCGCACGUGCACAUGGAUCUAAUCGGACCGCUCCCGCCAUCCGAAGGUAAUUCUUACUGUUUGACCCUAAUAGACAAGUUUUCUCGUUGGCCAGAGGUUUUACCAAUUCCAAACAUGACGGCAGCUUUCAUUAGUGAAUGGAUCACCCGGUUCGGAGUCACCACCAUCGUUACCACCGACCUGGGGUGA